UCUCUCUUCUUUUCUCCCUUUUUAAAAAACCUUACGGAACCUUUCGGCGUCCCUCGCUCUCCUACAGGGUGGAAUACGGCACGCGGACGAGCGCGAGGAGCGCGAGAAUAAAGAAUAAAGCGGAGAUAAACGAGAGCAGGACAGGAGACGAGCGGAUUUAUGCCAUCACCUCUGAUAACAGAGGAAGAAAAAAGACUUGAUAAAGGGGCUGAUAUCUCGGGAUAUCUGAGCACUUUUCGUAUUCCCAAGUGAGGAGAUUGGGGCUCGUGCGCUGCAGCUUGGUUCUAGCCUCGUUGUGGACUAUACAGACCCUCAGAAGGCGUUUUUUUCGCAGGCCAUGGCUGUGGACUCUCGCCCCCAUGCUAGAGCGACUGUGACGGCCCGUUCUGGUUUUAUGUGAUUCAGUCUUUGGGAAUUCUACACUUUGAGCGCUCCUUGAGGACGCUGCGGCGGAUUUUUUUCCUAACGCAAGCUGUUUUGAGAAGAUCCGCAAGAUAUAAACACUGACACUGAGGAAAAGAGAGAUUUAUUGUGACGCAGGAAACUACGCCAUGGCUAAGGGGAAGAACGCUUCUCAAUGUGAGCCGUGACAGAAUGGUGGACUGUAUGAGUCGAGUCAUGUUGCACACGGCUGUGUCUUGCUGGCAGCCACUGCUGGGCCUGGCCUUGGUGGCUGUGUUUUUAGGCUCCGCCCUCGCCUGCCCCUCCCGCUGCGAGUGCUCUGCCCAGAGCCGAUCUGUCAUCUGCCACCGGAAACGCUACCCGACCAUCCCUGACGGCAUCCCCAUCGAGACCCGCAUCCUGGACCUUAGCAAGAACCGCAUCCAGGCCAUCAACCCUGAUGACUUUGCUGCCUAUCCCCAUAUUGAAGACUUAGACCUGAGUGGUAAUAUCAUUGCCUAUGUGGAGCCAGGGGCCUUCAACUCCCUUUUUAGCUUGCACUCCCUCAGUCUCAAGAGCAACCGCAUCAAACUCCUCUCAUUGGGUGUCUUCACAGGCCUUUCUAACCUCACCACACUUGACAUUAGUGACAACAAGAUCGUCAUCUUGGUUGACUACAUGUUCCAGGACUUGCACAACCUCAAGUCAUUGGAGGUGGGGGACAAUGAGCUGGUCUACAUUUCGCACCGGGCAUUCAAUGGCUUGCUGGCUCUGGAGAGUCUGACGCUGGAGCGCUGUAACCUGACCGUGGUGCCCACUGAUGCCCUAUCACAUCUGCAUAACCUGGUUAGCCUCCACAUGCGCUACCUCAGCAUCAGCACCCUACAUCCCUAUUCCUUCAAGAAGCUGUUCCGCCUGCGCCACUUGGAGAUUGACAACUGGCCAUCUCUGGAUGUGUUCCCAGCCAACACUCUGCAUGGGCUCAACCUCACCACGCUGUACGUCACAAAUACCAACUUGACCACUUUCCCCUACCAAGCCCUGCGCCACCUGCCUUACCUCACACACCUGAACCUGUCCUACAGCCGCAUCCGCACUGUGGAAGGGGGCCUUCUGCAGGACCUGGUGCGUCUGCGUGAGCUGCGAAUAGCAGGCGCCCAGCUCGUAUCUGUGGAACCCUUUGCUUUUCAGGGCCUGCGCUGGCUCAAGAUACUUGAUGUGUCCCACAACAAGUUGGACACUCUAGAGAGGGGUGUGUUUCAGGCGCCGGAGGCUCUGGAGCUGCUGCUAAUCAACGAUAACCCACUAGUAUGCGAUUGUCGGCUGAUGUGGCUCCUUCAGAAAAGGCAUUCCAUCUCAUUCGGUGAGGAGCAGCCUGAGUGUAACACCCCAGAAGGCAUCCGUGGACGUCCCUUCAAGGAGUUCAAAGAAACCCUGUUGUCCUACUAUGUGACCUGCACCAAGCCCAAGAUCCGAGAGAAUCGGACCCAGCUGGUGUCAGUGGAAGAAGGUCAGUCAGCUCGGCUACAGUGCAGUGCAGAUGGGACCCCUCGUCCCACCAUUUCCUGGAUCACCCCACGCCGGAGACAUCUCACCAACAGGAGCCAUGGUCGGGUGAUGGUCCACAACAAUGGCUCACUGGACAUCAAGUCUGUGGAGGUUCAGGAUGGCGGUGUUUACGUAUGCGUGGCCUCCAACACGGCAGGAAAUGACACACUUAUGGUGUCUUUGGCGGUCAAGAGCCUGGGCUCACUCUAUGCUAACAGGACCCAGUACUACGUAGAUCCCAACAGUACCACAGCCAACAGCACCAACCUCCCCAACAUGACCUUUGGCUUGGACCUAAAGACCAUCUUAGUGUCUACGGCCAUGGGUUGUUUCACAUUCCUGGGGGUGGUCCUCUUCUGUUUCCUGCUCCUGUUUGUAUGGAGCCGGGGUAAAGGGAAGCACAAAAACAACAUUGAUAUAGAGUAUGUGCCACGCUCCAAGUCCAACGGGGCCUCUGCUGAGGGAGCAGAGCAGACCGCUGGCCCUCGACGCUUUAACAUGAAAAUGAUUUAAACAGAUUUAAAAGGACACCGGUGAAAAUUUAUGCACACAUCUAUUUUGCUAAUGGACCCAUCUGUGGGACAGGUUGUGUCAGGAUGUACACAGGCCCUCGACCUAAUGCCCAUGUGGAUAUGAUCCUGAACUCUGACGGAUAGCCAGAAGGGAAAUACAGUCUGUGUCAGUAAUUAACUCUUUUCAAUUUAUAUGAAUCCCUCUUGGUGAGAGGUCGUAUUCAAAGACGUUCCUAAAUUGUGUACAGGACAGAUUUGUAAAAUUCAAGUAUUACUCUUAUUUGUUGGCUCGCGAAACGCCUUCUCACUGCUACAGACCGACGACCCAUAAACCUGUUUCCUCUUCCAUUACCCCACAUAUAUGUACGUAAUGCUUAAUUAUGUAUGUGUAUGUCAACAUGUAAGUCACUUUCUAUUUUUUGCAAUACUCACAAGAUGCAAUGUCAGCCAAAUUUGCAAUUCCCCUUGCUUUCGGAGUAAUCAUGACCCAGCUAGCAUCUCACUCCUGAAACUGUUUGUGAACUGAGGACAAAGGGCUUGAGUGGCUUCGAAAUGUUAACCCGAAAAAUGCGUGUGCCGUUGAUCUAACCCCAAAUUAUACGGUAAUACUAUAUUUGUUUAUAAUAUGGAAAAACAUUGAAAAAAUGAGAGAUUAUUUAUUUAAAAAAGCCCAUUGAAGUGCAUAAUCCAAGAUGAAUAUUUCAAAAUCAUUUAACAAUAUAACAUGUUUUUUUGUAUGAUUUUUGCAGUCAUGAUUUUGUUUACGUUUGUACAUGGACUACUUUUUUGUCCUAAUCUUGUCUUUACUUUAAUUCAUUCCUUGGACCUUAAAGCUAACCUGAUGAUGAAGUCCAUGUCUCCACAGUGAAGUCACCAUCUUUUUUAUUAUCAUUUCUUUUUUCCCAAGUAACAAAUUUGGACUUUGUUGUGGUAGUUUCUCAUUUUGUUGUUGAAUCAUUUAGAUUGUAAACAGUUCAAAUUAAAAAAAAAAAAAAGAAUACAUGUAUGUGGAAUAAAGAAUAUCAAUUUGUA